AUGUCUAACGAGAACGAGAACGGCACCCCCGGCGAGCAGGCGCCCGCCAACUCGGAGCACUUGAACAUCAAGGUUACCGACAACAACAACGAAGUCUUCUUCAAGAUCAAGCGUACCACAAAGCUCGAGAAGUUGAUGGGUGCCUUCUGCGAACGCCAGGGAAAGGCCACCAGCUCCGUGCGAUUCCUCUUCGACGGCACGCGAGUCCAACCCACGGACACACCUGAUGCGCUCGAGAUGCAAGACGGCGACACUCUGGAAGUCCACCAGGAGCAGGUGGGCGGAUUCUCACAGCUAUCGGGGUAA